CACCCGCACCGAUGGGGCCUCAACCACCUCCUGGGGAAGCCCAUUCCAUGCCCUCGGGGUCCUGACUGUCACGAAGUGCUUCCUGGCAUCCAAAUUGAGCCUUGGCUCCUGAGCUUGGCUCCUUUGGAAGACACGGCCCUUAAUUCCUGCCAUGUUUUUCUGAAAAAUGAAAACUUGAAUUCGCACUCACCCCUUCGUUCUGCCUAGCCCUAAGUUGCUCACUUUUAUAAAUCUGCCAGAUAUUUUUGUUCUUCACAAAUGUGUGUGAUUAAGUUGGAUCUGAUUUCCUCUGUUUCUUAAACUGCAAAGUUCAUAUUUCCACCUCUUUCUUUAUUGCACAUAAAAGCAACAUUUCCUCAGAGCUGGUUCCCUGCAGAUGUCUUGGGCUGCAGCCCCAACUGGGGAUGCUGGGAUUUGUAGUGCAGCACAUCUGGAGUGCCCCGGAGUGGGAAAAGUUGGACUGGAGUGUAAGAGUAGGACAGGGGAAACUCCCCCCUCCCCCGUGGUGUGCAUGCCCGUAAAGAAAUCUUAAUUCACCUGCAAACUCCACUGUAUGGUCUUUGCGUUACUCCCUUAUUACCUUUCACCUUGGCCAACCUUGAAUGAAGACCAGGAGAUGAAUCAUAUUCAACUAGUAAUUCAGUGCAUGGAAGAAGCAAGCAAAAUUCUCUGUGUUCUCCCCCCGCCCCCCCCACCCCGGCCCGGCAUGGGUUGUAUGGAGGCGGGAUAUGGCAAACAGAUGAAUUACAGGAAGUGUGACUCAAACCUUUCUCUAAAGUGCGACUCUCACGUUUAUGGCUGUGUUUUGGAAAGCCGCUGAAGUAGCAGUGCAAAAAUUCACCAGCACCCACUGUGAUGAGUCAGGAGACAAACAGCUGAGGCCGGAUAAGCUUCAUAAUGUCUGUAGCUCAUCAGCUUUCGGGAGAAAUGGAAUAGUUUGUUUUGCAAAUUUGAGGACAAAGACAGGUGAGGUUGUCUGCUCCUUGCUGACCCUCUGGAGAACAUUGUCCGCAGCUCCCAGGGUUUGUUGGAAGGUAGCAAGGUUGAGUGGUUUGGUUCUGAACGUUGGCUAAAGGCCAAUGGGCACCUGUCCUGUACCUGCCUGUCACCUUGCAGAGUGGAUCCAAGCUCUUUCAGCAGUAUCCGCUAUUCUCCUCCUGGAGCGGGCAAGGAAAGCCAGCUUCUGCCAGCCCCUGCAGACAGAGAGCAAGAGGAUGGGGCCUUCAGGACAGAAGGUGAGGCUCACGCUAGUUUUAUCACAUUUCGGAGCUUGUGAAAUGAUGUAAUUAAGCAUGUGGAAGCUGGGUAGGGGUUUUAAUAAGGUCCCUAAGUCUGGAGCUGCUGCACCUCGGGGGAUCGUCGCAUGACAAGCAGGUCCAGUAAAGUCAGAACGUCAUUGUGAUGUUUCAACAAGUCUUAUCCAAUUUGCGACGAUGCUGUUAAUGAAAUCCUCCAAAACAUCCCAUCCUUGACCUGCCUGCUUAGCUCUUCCACGUUUUUCCUGGAUGGAGUCCGUCCAUCGCAUAGCUGGUCUUCAUCUUCUCCUGCCUUCAGCUUUGCCCAGCGCGAUUGCUUUCUCCAGGGAGCCUUGCCUUCUCACGGUAUGUCCAAAGCAUGAUGGCUUCAGUGUGGCCAUUUUUGCUGCUGGAAAAGCUCGGGCCUGGCCCGACCUACAACCUCUUUCUCUCAGCCCAGGGUCUUUGCAGACCCCUCCUCCAGCACCAUGGUUCAAAUGCAUCCAUUUUCUUCCAGUCAGAGUUAGAAUAGGCCCAUUAAAAUCAACGGUGAGUUGAUUGCAGUUCAGCCCAGAUUCAACCCUUAGAUGACCUUUCAGGGCCUUUCUGUGCUAGCAAGAUUGCAUUUAGCAGAUUCAUCAUGGCUUCCCACAAAGCAUCAUGGGAGGUGAGGUUUGGCCAGGAUGCUGAGAUUUUGCUCAGAGUCCCUUUCCACUCCUCUGCUCCGCACCUGACCAAAGACAGAACCCUCCCCGGGAAGAGGGAAUGGCGAUUACGCCAAAGGAAGUGUUGCAGAGCAAAAUACCAGAUGCCUUUGGCAUCCCUCCCGGUGCCGAUCCCAGCUCUUUUCCCCUGUGGGUCAAGGAAAUGGGGCUCAGAUACACCUGACAACGCUUCUGCUGGGGACAGCUUGCAGUCUCUCCUGAUCCCCUCUGGGCAAAGCAAGGGGCUCCCAUGUUUGGGCUGGCCCACCUUUUACGGAGGACAAUUCACUGAUCCUUAAUUCUAAGCACUUGGCUUUUCCUACAUCAAAAGAGUUUGGGCUGCCCUGUAAGUUGUGUUGACAGCAAAAAGUGUCAAGCUGGGAAACGGUUCCAGCUUUCCUGCUUGGGAAAGGCCUGCGAACAAAGCCCUGCCUUCAGGACGGAUCCUUUCCUUGAGGAGCCUCAUGGGAAGCAAAUCAUUCUGACUUGCUAACUGCCCUGUGCUGUCCCUCCUUCCGCAUUCGGUGUGUAAUCCCAGGACCCCAAAAGUUUCCUCCACCUUCCUUUUGUUCUGACUUGGCUUUCCCACCAUUCCAGAUGGCAUGUUUCUUGAGGUACCUCUGCAAAGGUGCAGGAUGUAACUUCUACCUGUGGCCAGGUGAGAGAAACCCACAUUGCAGGACCGCUCCCAGUUCAGGUGCAGGAAAGCUGAUACGGGGCAGAGUCCUCGCAUGGCUGCCCCAUACCUAUUUUCCCAGGCCUUUUUCGUUUUUGGGAUCUCUCCAAUGCCCCAUGACUUCCUGAAUCUCAGCACACUGCCAGCAUCACACCGGCCUCUUAGGUUACUUCUUGGCUUCAGUGUCCUUCCCUGCCUCUGAUGUCUCUUUUGUGACCUUCUUUGCAUUGCAAGCGCCUUGCAACAGAGAACUGUUAUUUGUUCAAAGCUACAUGUAUAGAUAGCCACAUACAUAGAUUGCACUCUGCGAAUAUCAAUCCUCAUGAUAUAUAAUGCCUGAAAGCGUCACCGACUCCCCUGGCAAAGAAAAUCAGGAGCUAGCUGCACCAUUCUUUCUUCCUGGACUGAGAUCGUAAGAAAGGUGCUUUCUUCCCCUGGGUGUCUUAGCAAAGGGCCCACCUGGGCAUGGCAUCUGAACCUUUAAAGCUGUGCUCUGGAUCUUCAGAGCGGCCCCGAUUUCUGUCACCUGCCUUGAUACAAGCCUGCAUCUCACCUCCAGACUUGCAGCUCCUGAGAGUCCUGAAGAGUUCUCCUUUAGUGGGCUCAAGUGUUGAAUGAAGGCAUCAGCCUUUUCAACCAGAAGAGAGCUCGCCAUAUCUCCUUCCGCAGUCCAUGCACUGUGUUCCUUAGUCCAGAGUCCAAAAUUGCUUAACAGAAUCACAGUCACCUGAUGCACACCUGUCAUCUCGCAGCCUACCUGUUCUGGCAGAAGCCUCUCCAGGUUGCACUGUGUCUGGGCCAUUACAGGAAGAAAGGCCACGACAACGAGAUGAGCCAGCGUUUCGGCUGAACAGAUAUCGGGGGUUCGGCUGAACUCCUUCCAAGCUGGGCCAGGCCUCUUACUCUGGGGGAAACAGGAGUGGGGCGGAGUAAGCAGUGAGAGCUGAAUGUGGGGCAGGUUAGCAGGAUUGUGUGUCUGGAGCUCUGCAGUGGUCGUUCUGGCAUGCACCUGCCUUUUGUGCGAUCCCUGUGGCCCAAUUCUGGUGGGUGCAUGGUCCUCCUUAGCCUCAGGGCUUGUGCUGGGCUAGUGGAAGGUAAAGAGAUGUGGGAGGAAACUGUGGGGUUUCUGGCUGUCUAGUGUCUCGCAUGUCUUAAAAACCCACAAAUUUACUGUGACAUAAUAAGCUUUCACAGGUGGGAAUCCACUGCUCAGAACACAUUGAAAGACGGUGCUUUUCAUGUAACUGGAGAAAAAUGGCACUUGUGGAAAGAAAGGUGGAAAAGCCCUAAAGCUCUUUGGUGCUUUCCUUCCCCUGAUCCAUAUACAUUUGUAUCCAUGGAGGUGCCCUUAGGAGAUGGGGUCCCUGAGAGACACACCUCGCCCCGGGGAAGCUGAAUCCAUGAAAAUGCGUCAAAGGAGCCAUCUCUUGGUUUAUUAAGUAUAAUUGAAUUUUAACUGCCAGAAAAGGGGAGAGGAACUUGUAGGAUCAACCAUUGCAGAGACCAAACCAAUGUGGCUGGCUUUAAGUACUACUGUGCACCUUAAGUGGGGGGGGGGGGGCAGGGGGUGGUAAUGCUUAUGUUGCCCUUUUGUAUCCCUAUCAGCUUUCAUUCUGAGCUGUCAGGGGUCUGUCUGUGGUGCUGAAUCCCAUCCUCCAAACAGUUCAAAAUCCUGGAGGACUAUAGAAAGCUGCUAUAAAGCUCAGAAAAACAAGCUGCAGUUUUGUUGCAGAGGGAAAUGGGAUUAGUGGGUGGGAAAACAUGUUUAGGAUGGCAUCAUAUGGACUGUGUAAUCCUAAAUAUAUAUUGCUUUUAUUUAUUUAUUCAAAUUAUAUGCUGUCCCACUAACCAUAGGCUCUCUGGGUGGCAUACAUCCUAUUUAAAAUCCAUAAACAGCACAAGAACAAAACAAUACAGAACAUGACAAUCCACAGUUACAAAAGACCAAUAGCAGUAAAUCAUAAGCUAUCAAAAUUAAACCAAGAUAAGCAAAAUAGAAAUAAUAAAUUAAUAAAUAGAAUGGAUAUCUAAAACUCCAAAAUUAAGACAAGAACCAUUACAAUUUAGUUUAUACCAAUAUCUAGCAUUUAAAAAAACAUAUUGGCAGCAGCAUGUAAUAACAUAAAAAUUAAAAGUCAUAGUGACUACAGAGAGAUUUAGUUCCACUUAAGUGUUUGUAGAAGUUCUGUCUUCCUCUUUGGAAGAUGGAGGUUCGGCCUGUUUCUCCACCCGGAAGAUAACGCCACUGUUCGAAUCUACAGAGGAACUGGGGGAGCACAGGCUUCAGUCAUUUAAAAACCAGACAGCCAAAAACUAGGGCAGCCGUGCUUGCCCAUGAGAAAUUAUACCCAAAAUCCACAGUGAGGCAGUCCUGUUAUUACGAAGUCCGUUAGGGGGGUGAACAAAUUAUCAGGCGCUUUGUCCUGGGUACUUCCAUGUUGGUGAAGCGUAAUAUUGAACAUUAGGUGUAGAUUUCGGGAUUACAAGAAGUUAGAAACUAAGAAAUGUUUAAGUGAUUGAAUCCUGAAGCUAGCAAAGUUUAAGUAUUAGAAAGAAAGAAAGAAAGGGGUUCGAUUAGCAAUGGUCCCCUCUCUCUGCCCCUACAGAUCAGGGGACGCUGGUCAGUUCCAGUUAUGGGGCUUGCCGGUGGUUGGGGUGGGGCGGAAUGAGUGACGAUUACUCACGCGGUAAAUCCCACUGUGUUUGAGGGGGGUGUGCAAAAUGUCAUCUUGCGUGUCAUUUUGCAGCCUUGAAGCAUGCGUGAUUUAGUCCACAAUACUGUGCCAAAAACCUUCCUGCCCCAUGUGCCACAUUCUGUUUGCAGUGAUGUGGCACAUGCUCAGUGUGGCACCCAGCGCCUGGAUCCUCCCCAUCUGGAUCGGGGCCGGAAUAGCCAAGGAAAAGCGUGGGUGUGCCAAGCACAUGUUUGAAGUCACCACAAUCUGGGUCAUUGCACAACUCUGUCCUGAAACUACACCAGAAAUGCAUUAGUUUUCCUUCAAUAAAAGCUACAGGAUAGAGAUUUUUUAAUUAUGGACAUAUUUAUUGGACUGACAUUAUGUAAAUCAGCAUAUGAAAACACAUGUUGUGCUUUUGGGUUUUUUUUAAAGUCCAAUGGGCCUCUUUAGUUCCCCUCCAUCAUGCUGUUGGCUCCAAAAAAGUACUCAUCUCUAAGAAGCUUCCUCCCAUUGUUUAUUGUAAUUUUAGGGAGGAGAGGAGGGGAAAGAUAGGAAAUGACACAUUUUUAAAAGAAAUUCAAAUCAAGGGCACACCUUAAUCUCAAAGAGGAUUUUUUUGUUGGGUGGGGAGAGCGGGUACUUAAAUAGUCCCCAAUUAUUACGAUAAACUUUAAUCUCACAUCAGCACAAUCUAAAGGGGGGAAAACCCUCUUUCAACCAGCCGCUUAAAGAAACACACAGGAUCCAGUGCAAAUAGAAAUUAUCUGUUUGCUGCUGAGAAAUGUGCACCGUUGGUCCCAGGAGUAUUUCUUCUGGAAGGUAUUCCAAAGUCACUCCUCUUCUUACAGGAGUGCAGCAAAGGAUUGGUCCGGAUCGUCUUAUACACACGCACGCUGCCCCGCAACAGGGGGUACCAGCCCCCGUCCUGACGGGUCCCCAGUCCCCAUGCAACAUGAAAUGGAGGCCUGUGUCUUUUGACCUUAAGAAAGGGGGUCUGAAGGAGGCGCCAAGACCUGUGAGUGGGCUUUCCCCACAUGCGUGGAAUUUGGGGCAUGAGUGGGACGGCUCCAGAAAACCCCUUAAAGAGGAAGAAUGCUCUCGCAGAAGAACAGGUUUCAGAAUGAGUGAUGGGUGGGCUGCCUUUGAGCUUGUCACGGGCUGGUCUGCGAGCUGUUUCCCCGUCCGUCCGUCCGUCCGAGCGGCUGGCUUCGGCUGCCGCUUCCUCUUCAGAAUGCUGGCUGGCCAUUUCUUUCUCUUCACCCGAAAGCACGCCUGCCGCUCGAAAGUGCCGCGUCGUCGCCCUGCUUUUGCAAGAUUCUGCUGGCGAGUGCAGCCCUCUCGGAAACACUCGACUUUUCCACAGCUGCAGCUUCUGAUGUCAGAACGUGGGAGGCCCCGUCACUGUGGCUUUCUCAGUGAGCAGGCGUACCUUCUCCCAUAUACUCCCCAGAACCGGGAAGAAUGCAAGAAUCCACACAAGGAACACUUCGUGGAGGCCAUCAAUAAAUGUUGCAGCUUGUGUCCUCCAGGUUCUCGUGUGCUCAAGAGCUGCAGCGAGGAUGCCGACACCAAGUGCAUCCCCUGCGAGGAGGGGAUGUUUACCAAGACCUGGAGCAGAGCCGAACGCUGCUUCAGCUGCAGGCCGCAGUGCAACGGAGGGCUGGUGCAGGUGAGGGCCUGCAACCGGACACAGGAUCUGUUCUGCUGGUGCCCAGCUCAUCAGUUCUGCGGCUUGAAGCACUCCGACGAGUGCAUCUAUUGCCAAGCCUACACCAGGUGCGACAAAGGCCACGGAGUGGUCCAGCCAGGCUCCCCGACCAGCGACGUGCAGUGCGCUCCCUGCCCAGAGGGGACCUUUUCCGAUGUGGAAUCUGACAGCGCCACCUGCAGGCCCCAUCGGCUUUGUAAGUCCAGACGCUUUCCAGGAAGCAGCACCAGCGAUGCCGUUUGUGCUGAUCCCAACGGCUCUCCUGGCAUCUUCGUGACUCCUCCACGCAGCACGACGGUCGCGAAGCCGACCUGGGAUAAGGCCACUAAAGCGCCAACCCUGGACAUCAAGCAAGCCACUUCGACGGACCUUUCCUCCACUGUUGGUUGGGUGGCUGGAAUGAUGUUCGUCAUCGUUAUUCUCUUAGGAGGGGUUUUCUUGGUUUUUGCAUUUAGGAAAAGAGUUCACAAAUGUGCUCCACCGUGUGGCAAAGAAAAACAGGCAUGCUCUGCAAACGCGAAGAUGUCUGGCAGCUGGCCGCAGGCCUCGGGCCCGCUCAGCCAGGAGGAGCAAACCCUCCUGCAGACCUCCGCCUCCAGCAGCUCCUUGGAUAGCCCUCCCGGCUCGGACAAGAGCAGCGGCUGCAGCGUUGCCAGCGCCUUGCCCAGCGAGGAAGAGAGUUCCCAGGAAAGACCUCUGCCCGAUAGCCCCGGGCACCACGGCAGAACCGAGCUGAAGCCGUCCGGCAACCGAGGGACGCAUGUGAACGUGAGCUGCAUCGUCAGCGUCUGUAAUGCAGACCACAGCUUGCCGUUCCAGUCCCUGAGCGCCCCGGCGGCGGAUUCUGGAGGCUGCAGUUCGGCAGCAGAUCUUCCCUUGUCAAAGGAAGAAAGUGUCUUGAAGAGGGAGCCUGGAAGACAAAUCGCAGUUGAAGUGGAGGACAGUAUGGGCAUAUUUGAUUACAACGAGGGAAAGGCACUUCCUCUAAGUAUACAAGAUGUGGGCAUGAAGACGACGUGAGAACAUGGGCUGUGCCAGAGUCCCAAACAGUCACGAAGCGGCUGGAGAGCGUUUCUGCAAAGCUGCUUUUGCUCUAGAACACUUGUAAAAGUUUGCUCCUUGAAGCGUUGAGCCACUUGGCGUGGCUAGAAAAACUCAGGUGCUUACAGCAAUAUGCGAGACUUGGACUGGAAUUCGGGUUGUGAAAAUGUCUGUUGAUUCCUGUAUCUGUCAGGGUCGAAAUGAAACGGGGCCGUGACUGCGGUGGCAAUCCUGUGGUGAUCUGGAUGCCCGUCCAACUCACUGUAAAGCUACCUCGAAAACAGAAGCCCCGUAGCUUCCGUUCCCCGCUUGUUUCCCUUAAAUCAUCUCCUGUCUUUCUCGCUCCUCGGUGUCCUACUUGCUGAGCUUAGAGGAGCAUCUUUCACACUCAGGGAGAGUGGUGUGGUGGAAAUUAGUGACCUGCAAGGACGCAAUGGCCUUCUUGGCCCCUUCCAACUCCACUCUUCUACGAUUCUGUGAGCUUCGAUGCUAAUCCCAGACAAGCUGCCUGGGGAGCAAAUGCUACUUGUAUUUGUAGAUUCAGCUGUAGUUAAGUAGUAGGGCUCACACUUGGCCUUCUGCAGUUUUCUUACUCAGUCCCUAGCAUCUCUAGGCAGACGGCUGCUGCCAGUUAGUAGACAGUAUUAAACUGGAUGAAUGCUCUGAUGCAGGAUAUAAGGCAUCUUCCAAUGUUUCUACUUAGCUGCUCAAAAAGAGGAGUGUGGAUUUUUACCCACUCCUCAGAAGCUCAAGAUUAUGACAUGGAAUGCUAGAAUCCUCCGUCAAAAAAUUAUGCACAUGCCAAAGGGAUGAUGUAUAUUUAAAAGAAGUGAUAAACACCCUGCUUCCAAGUAGUAUGAAGAAAUGUUGUUAGGAAGAUGCUUGGUGUUUCUGCACAAGGAUUAGUCCUGGGAGGGGGUCUUGACAACAUCGUUGGCAAUUUGUGAUCCUCCCUUGUGCUUCUGCUGUUUCUCUUGGUCCUUUUUCCCUUACCAAAGAAAAGCCACAAAGAAGAGAAAAACAGAACGCGCCAUGUUUUCUGGUUGUUAGUGCUAGAAGUCUUCCCUCUGCAAAUACUGCAAGCUUGUCCUGUUGGUGGAGAGAAGCUUCAUUUUCCAUUUUUCUCUGGUCUAUUAAACUCCUUGAAAGACAGUUGUCCUUUUGCGUUCUCUUGCAUCUGCUCAGAGAUGCCUGGAAGAAAGCGGUAGCGAUUUUCGCUUUGUCAUUUGAUGUGUAGCCUAAUUUAUCUCUGAAAAUAUGCAAGCCCUUUUCAACUUUGCCUUGCUUGGCAGUGACUUGAGAAGUGGCUAAAUAACUAUAUCCUUAAGUGAAGUGUUGACAGUUGUGAUCAAGGAGAAACAAACUUCUCAUAACAUAACUAUGGGGAGGUUACUGCUUUUUUAAAAUCCUUGUCAGUUUCAUUCUGUGUCUAUAAACUUGCCAAACUACCCGAGACAAGCAAUGGCCAGAGCACGCAGCAAAUCUACAGGCUUGUGUUUUCUGUAAAUAAAUCAUGUUUCUGUAUUUCUA